UAAAAAAAAAAAAAAAAGUAGUUGAAAAGCUUUGAAGAUACAUUAACAUUUAUUCUUAAAGUUUUCCACAAAGACAUUUUUGGGUCAUUUGAUACAUAAAGCAUUACUCCCCCUUAGAACCCCACUAGCUCACCAUCUCAAAACAAGCCCUGAUUUAAUAUAGGUUGGGGGAAGCCUGGGUGGUGAGGGGAGGGUGAGAUCUUACAACAGGUAUCUAACGAACGUCAUUGAAAACAUCUGGAGUGCUUGCCUCCUUUCCCCGAAACAGAUGCUAGAACCUUCGACCCACUGGCCAGUAAGAGCAACUAACCUAAAACAACACCCUUCCCUCAUUGUCUCUCAAGGUCUUUUAGGAGGGUGGUUAAUCUAGCUGUAUUUCCUCUUCCUGUUCUGGCUGCAGGGAGGGACAAGAUGAGGUGAAAGGAGGCACAUCUCCAAGAUCGGCUGGAGCCAUAGCAGAAGUGCAAAUCCUGUUCCAGCUCCUGCCACUUCAUAGUACAAGCUACUUUCUCAGCCCUUUUUUCAGUUACCUGCUCAGCCAUCUGCCAGCAUCCAGCCAGCUAUGAAGCAUGAAUGAGAUGAGUUCUGGUAUCUCCCCAUCUAGGACUAGGAAUGCCCGCCUCCCCCAUCCCCAGAUCCCCAAAACACCAGAGGGGACAAUAGAACCAUCCUUGCAUCUGCCCACAGAACUUCCAACUGCCUCGGGUCAUCCAAGGGGAUGUCGUGUCACAUUGUUUUUCCGAAAAAAUCUAUAAAAGCUUUAAUCUCACCUGGCUACAAGAGGAAGGCUAAAUGGGAUUUUCAUGCAUUAUAAAGUGUAGGCAACCUGAAUUCUUUGGUGAACUCAAGUUGACAGACUUUUCAUCCAGUGGGAUAUUUAGGCGAAGUCCCUGCUGAAAUCUUUUAUUUUCUUAAACUGGAGGCAUUUCCUUGAACUGCAUGUUUUAGGGCUCUUUUUCUUUUUCCAGAAACCAAACCAGAAAUAAGCCCAAAAGGGGGAUUUAUUGGAAAUAAACUGUUAGCCCAGAGAAUUAAGGAAGUACUACAGGAACUAGAUUACUUUGGGGACUCGUGGGCUGGAACCAGGAACUCAGAUACUGUCUCUCCUCUUCCUCAGGGACAGGCAGCUCCAGCAUCACAAGCUCUCAGCUAAAGCACCUCUCUUUCCUGGAUUCAGCUUGAGAGAGCUCUGGGAGAAACUGGCCAGGCUUGGGUCAUGUCCCCACCUAUUGGACCACUCACGGUAGCCAGGAAUGGAUAGGGUAAGACCUUAUGCUUGGCCCUGCGUGGAUUAUGUGUCCGUCCUGUGGCCAGGGAGAGGUGAUCCAUUUUCAGAAGAAUAGGGUAUCAUACACAUGGGCACUGGAGAAAUGAAGAGCUAGGUAGCCAUGUAAUUUGUUUCCCCCUUUGGUGAAAAUGCUUCAAAAUUCCAUUAUUUAAAAAAUGAAAUAAUAUUCCAAAGAGUCACUGCUGACUGUUUCCAGGGAGGCCGAAAUUUCCCCAACCAUCAUGACUGCUGCAGCUUUUAAGUAGAUGGUGAGGAUCCUGGGAACUGCAUAACCUGUUCACAUGGCCUAGGAGCCCACCAAAGCAUGAUUACUGUUAGCCUAGGCUUAUGUCCAGGGAACUUGCUUGGACUUCUUUGUACAUCUCUCAUCCAUACUCACCAUUUAAGUAAAAAGUCCCCGAACAUCUGCCUUCUCUUGUACUCUUAGGCAUUUGUACGUCUUCUCUCAUUUAAUUCUGACAAUAUUCUUGAAACAUAGGCAUUAUUAUCCACAUUUUAUAGUUGGCAGGGAACAAAGAAACUAAAGCACAGAGAGGUUAAGUUGUCCCAAGAAGAAUUCUUGUCCCAAGAAGAAUCCCCAUUCUCCUUUGGGAUGGCUCUCCUAUUUCCUCUCCUGUCUCCACUCCCCCACAGGCUCAUUCACUAAUUUCACUAGUUUGUUUUACAAAACAAAUGCUCCCACACAUUUGAUCCAAUCACAGAACAUUCCUUCCACUUCUUUGGCUGACUUGUUCCUAAAGAACUGGUUCUUCUUCAGCCUUACAAAAAGAAGACUCUCACUCUUCACAUUCAACACCUCAGUCAGGAUGUGGGAUCAGAUUUCAGAUCGUUGUGCCCCUAUUUUUAUUCUUUGAGAAGAGUGAUGUGUCCAAUUGAUCCAUGAUUAUGUUAGCAGUUAUCAUACUGAAUUGCUGUUUUUCUAUUAUUUGUCUCCAUCAUUAGAUGGUAAUUAUCUUAAGAACUGGGACUGCAAACCUUGGACAUAACAGUUUCUCAGUAUGUGAAUUGAACGAAUGAAUGAUUAAGCAAAUGAAUGAAUGAUGAACUAAAGACCAUGGGGUUCGGUAUCAAAAAAUCUGGGUUUGAAUUCUGUCUCUAUCACUUACUCUCUGAGUGACUUGGGACAACUUAACCUCUCUGUGCAUUAGUUUCUUUGUUCCCUGCCAACUAUAAAAUGUGGAUAAUAAUGCCUAUGUUUCAAGAAUAUUGUCAGAAUUAAAUGAGAGAAGAUGUACAAAUGCCUAGUACUAUGUAGGGCAUAUAGAAGAACUCUGUAAAUAGCAGCUUUAAAAAGGAGAUGUUAAAAGACUUAACAAAGACAAGUGGAGGGAACUCGUUGGUCACCACUAGGGAGAACAUUGGCCAAGGCUCAUGACUUGGACCUCUGGAAUAUACUGGAUACCUUCAGGCUCAAAGGUAGGUGGGAAAAUGGCAUAACAAAGAAAACCAUGCCAGAAAGGAGCCAAAAGUCAUUAUUACUAAACUGAAAGUUCUCUGAGAAGAGUGAUAUACCUAAUUUAUUAAUGUAUACUUAGCAUCUAGCACCACACCAUACGUUACAAAUGUUUGUUGAAUAAAUCAGUGAAUGAAUACUGAUUAGGAUCUUUUGAGAUUCUUAACCUUGACAAGUGAUCUAUGAAUUUAAUAUUUAAAAUAAUUUUAAUGUAGAAGAGAUAUAUAAAAUAUUCCUAAUGUAGAAAAUGUAUUUAAUCAACAGAUUUCAUUGAGCAUCUAUUAUGUGCAAGGGACUUAGGUACAAAGAGAGGGGAAAGCAUCCAUAAGCUCAUCCUCAAGAAACAACUGCUAUUAACAUCUUGAGUAUUUUUCCUCUUUUCUUUUCUUAGGAAACAUAUUCUGUGAAUUCACUUUAUUACAUCAGACAACCAUAUAUGAUAAUCAGCAAAAAAAUUUUCAAUGUAUGUCUGACCCUUUUAUUUAAAUGAGGACUAUUCUAAUUUUCUAGUCACUUGCCUCAGUUUUUCAAGUUCCAUUUCAGUAUAUGAAGCUUGAAAUUUAAGGAAAAGUGAAGAAGAGAUGUGAGGGGGAAAUUAAAAGUAAGUUUCACUCACAUUUUUAAAUUCACUUUCAUAAACCCUAAAUAACCUAUAAUUUAAAUUAUUAAAAUUUUAGUUCAGGAAAUUUUCCCAGCCUUUUGCUGGUGAAAGCUUUCCCUGAUAGACAGAUUCAGGAUUUGGGAGAGGAGAUCCUGAUCUUUGAGACCAAAGCAAAAAUCUCAAACUCUUCUUUCAGAUCUAUUUUGCUCCAAGUGAAACCUGAAGCAUUUAAAAAUCCAUCCAUGUAUAAUAACACCCCAGGCUUUUUCCUUAUCAUCAUGACUUGAGAAAUUAAGUCUGACCACAGACUUAACAGUGAUUGCAGGAAUAGCUAACUCUUUGCUCUGUGUUUAAGUUUUCACAUCAUUAAGAUCAUUCUAAAUUUUAACUUUUUUAUCUCGCUUUUUUCAAUUAUCUUUCAAACACAAGUAUUUCCAUGCCAUUAAAUUACCUAUAAACAUGAUAACGUUUAAUGUCUACAUAAUAUUCUAUUAUAUGAAAAUAUCAUAAUUUUCUUUAAAUUUUCUCUUUUUUGACAUUUUGGUUUCCAACUUUUAGCCGUUAUAAACCACACUUGGAGCAAAACUUUUUCUUUCAGAAAAAGGCCUUUCUUUCAACAAAGAUCUCUCCCAGAUGGACAGUCAUUAGUUCAAAAGGCAUAAAGGUGCUUUAAGUUCUCAAUACAUCAAUUGACUUUUACCAUGGUAUAAGAGAGCACCCAUUUCACUAUACCCUUACCAGGUAUCUUAAAUAAUAAUACCAGGUAUCUUAAAUACCAGGUAUACCCUUACCAGGUAUCUUAAAUAAUAAUACCAGGUAUCUUAAAUACCAGGUAUCUGGGUCAUCUUAAAAGAAGGGGAAAAUUUUUGACUAAUUUGAUAGAUGAAAUGAUAUCUAAUGUUAACUUAUAUUUAUUGGAUCCCUGAUAGGGUUCAAUUCUUGGCCAUUUCUGUCCCCUCAUCUGUGAAUUCAAUUGUUUAUUUCUCUUUUAAGAUGUUAAUGCUUUAUUGAUUUGUACAGGCUCUUUGUAAAAAUAUAAAUCUGUUGUCUGUCAUAUUUAUGGUGGAUAGUUUUCUCUAUUCGAUUUUUGCCUUCAACAUCCAUUCAACACAUAUUUAUCUGAGUCUCCCCAAGGCAUUGGUCUAGUCAUCAAGGAUGAAACAGACACAGUUCCCGCCCCUAAGGAUCUCAGAGUUUAACAGGGGAAGGCAGGGGAGUAAAUGAUGAGUGCAGUAAGGCUUUCAAAUGCUCUGUUGGAAGUACAAAUAGACUAGAGUGGCCGCACUAAAAGAGGUGAGUGGUCACGUCUACACUUACGGGCUAGGAGAGGCUUCACAGAGGAGGUGAUUCUUAUCUAAGUAUAAAAUGCUGAGUAAAUUACUAGAGUGACAAGGGACAAAGUGGGAAAAAGCAUUCCAGGCAGAGGGAACACCUACAGACAGGGCCUGCUAGGGAAACGUCAAUAGCUGGUGUUAGGCUAGGGAAUAAAACUAAAACGUCAGGCAGGUCCUGAGGAAGAAGGGGCUCCAGACCUCAGAGUCACAUAGUUUUGUAAAUUAUAUAUAACUUUAGAUGUUUAAGUCAAAUUGAGUGUUACCUUAUUCAUCUCUUACAUAACAUUUAAGCUAAGAAAGUCCUUCCUGACCCAGAACUUUAAUGCUUACCUUUGUUUUCCUCUAGUUUCCAUUUUUAAUACUUUGUUUUCAUUUUAGUCUUUACAUUUAACUGUUUAAUCCAUCUGGAAUUGACUUUGGUGUGUAUAAGGUAAGCCUCAUUUGAAUCUUUUUUCUGUUUUAAUGUUUAUCACAUCUAUAUCGUCCAUUAAGCUUUUCUCUGUAACCCUGUUGUGCCAGUGGGUAAAACAGGGAGUGCUGAAUAGCUAAUAAAAUGUAUUCCCGGUUGGGGACAAUGCUUCGGGAAACAAAAGAAAUUUCUCUGGGGUUUGCUCUUUCUCUGAGGUGUGUUAAACACUGCAGGUACAAACUCACAGCCAUUUAGGAUCACCGCUCUCAGAGUACUACUGCUACUUUGUAUUUAUAGAUUGCAAAUUUUUUAAGGAGCCAACACUUUCCACAGAGAGGACUUUAUUCUCAUGACCACUGAAGCCGGGAGAGGGAAGAGGAAUAUGUCACCACUGCUUGAUUUGUUUACUCCCCCAAGAAAUUAUGUGGAGUCAGGCUUCUUCCCCUGAUGCUGGCUGGAAAUCAGCAUUCUGAAGACCUGUCCACCAAUCACAGGGCUCCUUACUGGGUGAAAAAACGACUGCUAGACAUUGCCAGGAGUCCCUAGCAACACCGCGGCUUUUGAAAUCUGGAGGGGGGAGGCAGUGCAGUCAGCCGAUAGUAGAGGAGAGUGCUGAUGCCUCAGGAAGAGACGGCUCUCAGGAUGGACACCCCACCCUCUGAAGAACCCUUAGAUAAGCAAAACAAAAAUCUAGAAAACCAGGAAGAGGAGAUGGAGUUUAAGGAACUGGAUGGUCUGAGGGAAGCCUUGGCAAACCUCCGGGGACUGUCCGAAGAGGAGAAGAGUGAGAAGGCGAAGCUGUACUCCCGCAUCCAGGAGCAGUCCCAGCUCAUCUGCAUCCUGAAGCGGAGGUCAGACGAGGCCCUGGAGCGCUGCCAGAUCCUGGAGCUGCUCAACACAGAGCUGGAGGAGAAGAGGAUGCAGGAUGCUGAGAAGCUGAAGGCCAAGAGCGAGCAGGCCCAGAGGCUGGAGGAACGCUUUAUGACCCUGGCAGCCAACCACGAGUUGAUGAUCCGCUUCAAGGACGAACACAAAAGUCAGAACAUCAAGCUGAGAGAGGAGAAUGAGAAGCUGAGGAUGGAGAAUGACCACCUCUUCAGCCAGGCGCUGAAGGACCAGGAGGCCAAAGUAUUGCAGCUCACUGCCCGGAGUGAGGCCCUCACCAAGGAGCUGGAGUCUCUGAAACAGAGGAGCGCUCAGGAGGCCUGCCAGGCCCAGGCCCGAGAGAAGGAACUGCUGGAGCUGUUCCAGAGCCAGCAGGCCUGUGCCCACACCAAGGACACAGAGCAGCUGCGCAGCCAGCUGCAGAGCCUCAAGCAGCAGCACCAACAGGCCAUGGAGCAGAUGGCCAAGGCCGAGCAGGCACACAGCCAGCUGAACCGGGAGCUGCAGGCCAGGCUGCAGACCGUCACUUGUGAGAAAGACGAGCUGUUGCAGCUGUCCAUGGAGAGGGGCAAGGCGCUUCAGAACAAGCAAGCAGAGAUCCGCCAGCUUGAGGAGAAGUUGGAGACGGCCGAUGUGGCCAGGAGGCGUGCGCUAGAGCGGUUCGAACAAGAGGCAGUGGCCGUGGACAGUAACUCGAGAGUCCGGGAACUCCAGCGCAGGGUAGAUGGGAUCCAGAAGGCCUACGAUGAACUCAGGCUGCAGUCAGAAGCCUUCAAAAAGCACAGCCUGGAUCUUUUAAGCAAGGAGAGAGAACUCAACGCCAAACUCCGCCAUCUCUUUCCAUAAGGAAGCUUCUGGUUCCUCUGGCCUCCAAUUUAGAAAUCAAGUAUUUGUGCCUUGUGGCGAGAGUAAAGAUGGGAUUCCAUUUAUUCUACUUUUAAGUACAAGAGACCACUCAAAGAAAAACUACUUUACUAUGACAUUGUUGUUGCCAUUGUCAGGAUAACACUAAUUUUCAGUCCUACCACCUAGAAUACACGAGAUUAACCAAA